AUGGCAGGUGAUACAGGUGAAGCACAGCUGCAAGUACGAUUUAUAACUAAACAGGAACAAUAUGCAGUAUCAGACAGUCCAUAUGCCAUACAAAGUAAUGUACAACCUUUAGAAUUAAACAAGCUUCUCAAUGGACUUUUAAAAGAAAGCAAACCAUCAAUAGAAAAUAAAGUAGAAUUCGAUUUUCUAAUAUGUGGCGAGUUAUUAGUUACGUCAAUCUCAGAGUGUCUGCAAGACAAGGGCCUUUCAACAGAAGACACUCUAGAAAUAGAGUAUCUAGAACGCUUUCCCGCUCCGAGUCCUCAGGAUUGUUUAAUGCAUGAUGAUUGGGUGUCAGCAGUUCAUACACAUGGUAACUGGAUAUUAUCUGGGAGCUAUGAUAACAGCAUUCAUAUUUGGAACACAAAAGGACAACACAAACUUGCUAUACCAGGCCACACAUCACCAGUAAAAGCAAUUUCUUGGGUAUCUUUUAAUGGAAAUCAGGCAGUAUUUGCAAGUGGUUCCCAUGACCAGUCAGCAAUGUUGUGGGUAUGGAAUGUAUCCAGUAACUCAGUGGAAUGUGUGGUUACUUGUCGUGGGCACGACAAGGGUGUUGAAUGUUUGGCAGUAUCUGCAGAUUCGAAAUGUUUCGCUACGGGCAGUUGGGACAACAAUAUCUGCCUUUGGAGUACAAGUCUUUCUGAUGAAGAUAAUGUGCCAGCAAAAAAAAAGCAAAAGCCAGAACAAGGAAAUACAAGAGAACCAUCAACAGUGCUAAAAGGUCAUAGAGAAGCAGUAUCAGGAGUACAAUGGAUGGAUUUCAACACUGUCGUGUCUAGUGGGUGGGACCACCUACUUAAAAUAUGGGAUUGUGAACUUGGAGGGAUCAAGCAAGAAAUAGCAGGCAAUAAAGCAUUCUUCGAUGUUGAUUGGUCUCCAUUGACCAGUAGCCUCAUAACAGCAUCAGCAGACAGACAUAUUCGUCUUUACGACCCUAGGUCCACAGAUAGUAUUGUAAAGACGACAUUCACGUCACACACGGGAUGGGUUCAAUCAGUGAGGUGGUCUAAGACUCGAGACACACUAUUCCUUUCUGCUGGUUAUGACGGAUUGGUCAAACUAUGGGAGACAAGGAGUCCAAAAACACCUUUGUAUGAUUUAAGCGGACACGAAGAUAAAGUUCUGUGUUGUGAUUGGUCAAACCCUACGUUCCUUGUGACUGGCUCAUGUGACAAUACUCUAAGAAUAUUUAAAUCCAAGCAUGCUACAGGAAAUGCAUGAUGUAAUAUUAUUUAUUUUACAACUUUCCACAUUCAUUCUAAACUUAGACAAAUGUUCGUCCAAAAUGCAAUCAAUUAAUUCACACAUAACACAUUUUUAGUUUUGUGGAUAGCGAAUUGUAUUUUUAUGAUACUCAGUAGAAAAAUUUCACCUGUAGUCUGUAAUUCUAUAAUGUUGUUUGACAUAUUAUAUUGAAUUUCCAACAUUAGUUGGAUAGUCAUCAAAUUUGUAACAUUUUGCAGAUUUGUCUUACAUUUGUCAGUAUGAGAGGAAUAUUGAGCGUUUCAUUGUAUGACUUUUAAUAAAGCUAUUUUUAUUUUAA